AUGCAGCGUACUAUUCUUUACACCAUCUUUACUAUUCUAGCCGCGGCUGGCCCAGCACUUUCCGCCGAUGAUAAUAAAACCACGUGCUUCACUGGCGGUAGCGGCACCUUUCGCAAAGAUGACGCCGUUGACCUUGUGGCAGCCAUGCGCGUCACCCCCAACGAGGACAAUGUCAUAUUUUCCGAGGACGCCAACUUUGACCUUGACGCCAGCGCUCAAGCUUGCUUUGCGAACCUGGAGUUCUUUGCGUUUAGCCGGGAGACAACCAAUGCUGUGCUUGCAGAUGCCUGUGAUAAAAUCAUCAAAGACUGUUGUCCCAACCCCGGCCUGUGCUCGGGAGGACAAUGGGAUUUGAGAAAAUUGGAGUACUAUCAGAAACAGGCCUCUAUUGAAGACGAUUAG